GAUCUCCGCUGUAAUAAUAAACAAGGGUCGCCCAAAUUCGAAUUGGAACCCUAAUCAUUUACCCAAUUCCAAUUUCUUCUCUAUUUCCUGUAACCCUACCCAAUCGGAAACAAUCACCCUUCAUUUCAGCAGUUGCUAGCUCAGAAUGGUUGGGUGAAUUGGGAUUAGGCUAUGGAGUCAUCGAAAGAUACUCAACUGAUGGAAGUCGCAGCGUCUCCUGCGCCGACUUCGUACCAGGCCUUGUUGGAUGAGCAGAAGGAUCUUUUCCAGAAUCAGAUCGAGAAGCUGCAACAGAUUGUUGCCACCCAAUGCAAACUCACCGGUGUCAAUCCCCUUUCUCAGGAGAUGGCUGCUAGUGCCUUGUCCAUUAAAAUUGGAAAGAGACCUAGGGAUUUGCUGAAUCCCAAGGCUGUAAAGUACAUGCAACUCGUGUUCUCUUUGAAGGAUGCGAUUAGUAAGAGGGAAACUCGGGAGAUAAGUUCCCAGUUUGGAGUUACUGCGACUCAGGUUCGGGAUUUCUUUGCUGGGCAACGAACUAGAGUGAGAAAGUUUGUCAGAUUGGCUAGAGAGAAAGCUAAUACAUCUGCCUAUGGUUUGAUGCAUGAUGUGAUUGCUACCACUGCGAAUUUGGUUAUUCCUGCUGAACCCAUUCCUUUAGCUACAGUUGCUGAACCCAUUCCUUUAGCUACAGUUGCUGAACCCAUUCCUUUAGCUACAGUUGCUGAACCCAUUCCUUUAGCUACAGUUGCUGAACCUAUUCCUUUAGCCACUGUUGUUCCAACAAGUAUCGAUGAAGGGCCUUCUAGUUCAAAGAGGCAUGAGGAUUUACCUGGCCUGGUUGAUUCAGAGAAGCAUUUUAUUGAUAAUAUAUUUGGCUUAAUGAGGAAAGAAGAAUCAUUCUCUGGUCAGGUUAAAUUGAUACGCUGGAUUUUGCGUAUAACAAAUCCGUCAGUACUGAAUUGGUUCUUGGCUGAAGGUGGAUUGAUGAUAUUGGCAACAUGGUUAAGUGAAGCAGCUACAGAAGAACAGACAAGUGUUUUGCUUGUUAUCCUCAAGUUGUUUGAUUAUUUGCCUGUAAGCAAGGCUCUCCCUGGGCAUAUGUCUGCUAUAUUGCAGAGUGUUAAUAAGCUACGGUUUUACAGAGCAGCAGACAUCUCAAACAGGGCUCGGUCUAUGUUAUCGAAAUGGAGCAAGAGGCUGGGAAAGAACCUAUCGUCAAAGAAAAACGAUGGACUGAAAUCAGCAAGUGAUUUACAGGAUGAGAUGUUGUUGAAGCAGAGCAUUAGUGAAGUUAUGGGUAAUGAGUCAUGGGACUUGAAAAGGGAAAAUCCCGAAGAUGGUUUGAGUUUCAUGUGUGAGAAUACUGAUUCCCAUAGGAAGCUGGACACUGCUCAGCCUCUAAAAAUGCUUACAGCAUCAGCAGAUGACUCCAAUAAAAGGAGAGGUGUUUUCCCGCCCCAAACACGAGAGCGUCGUAAAGUCCAGUUGGUAGAGCAUCCAGGUCAAAGGGUGGCUGUAAGGAGUCCCCAGGUCACAAGAUCAAUUGGUGUUACUCAGAGCCGCCCACUCUCGGCCGAUGAUAUCCAAAAAGCAAAGAUGCGUGCUCAUUUUAUGCAGAAUAAAUAUGGAAAGACAAUUACACCUGAUGAAAAAAUUAAGUCAGAAAGUGAGAAACGAAAGUCUGAAAGUGAGAAUAAGUUGACUACAGCUAGUCCAAAUGCCAGUGUAGUGACAUUAGUUUCCAAAGCUAAUGUUCAGAUAGAACUUGAGGAGCAGACAACUGUUGACGAUUCUUUAUCUAAACUUUCUAAUCCAUGUGAAACUUCUUUGAAAUUGGAGGAGCCUCAAUGGAAAAAGUGCAAGAGAAUUCAGAUCCAAUGGAAGAUGCCUCCAGAAUUGAAAAUCGACGAGACAUGGAGUGUUGGCGAAGGUGCUAAUAGCAAAGAAGUUGAAGUCCAAAAUAACAGAAAUAGACGCGAGAGAGAAGUAUUUUAUAGGAUAAUACAGGAAAUUCCAUCCAACCCUAGAGAACCUUGGGACCGUGAAAUGGACUGUGAUGAUUCAUUAACCCCUGAAAUCCCUAUCGAGCAACUGCCCGAUGUUGAACCCCUAGAAUCACCAGCCAAUCCUCCACACAAUAGCAGCAAAAUUGUUGCUCCAGCAUCGUCUGAGAGUAUAAACGAGCCUGAUUUUGAGCUACUAGCAGAAUUAUUGAAAAACCCAGAAUUGGUUUUUGCCUUGACUUCUGGGCAAGCUGGUAAUCUAUCUAGUGAAGAGACCGUCAAACUGCUUGAUAGAAUCAAAGCCAACGGGGUGAAUUCGUUGGGUAAUUUAGGCAACAAUACGGUUGAAGUUUCCCUGCCAUCUCCAACACCUUCAAGCGACCCUGUUCCGAAUGGAGCGAAGCCCGAUUUCUCAAGAAAUCCAUUUUCUCGGCAGCAGCAGCAGGGCUUGGCCAAUGGGAACACAUACGGGGUUUCUCAAGCCCGGCAGCAAGGUAUGGUUUCAGCGAUUCCGGCCACCACGGUUUUGACUCCUCAGCGUUCAGCAUCACUCCAACAGUAUUCCCACAAGGUGGCGCCUCAGCUUGCCUCAGUUCAAUUGCCUGAACAGUGGCAGCCACACACUAAUCCACAAAUGCACCACCUAAAUAGUCAUAAUUCAUCAAACGCACAACAUUAUACCUCAGAAAUGGCUAUCCCGAAUCGGGGUCCAUCCUCGGCUAUCUGGGGCGAAGCCUCAGGCCUGUCUCGGUCGGCCACGCCACCAAAUACUUUGAGAGCAAGACAGGGUUUUGAGUCGAAUUAUCAGUAUCAAAGUAAUCCUAGUGCGAAUUACCACCAUGGCUAUUCGGGAGGGCCUCCAUCGUCAUCCUCAGGUACCUGGGGUGGUAGAAGUAGGCGUGAAUACGAGUCAUGGAGCCCGGACAACAGCCCCUCCAGGCGCCACGAGUAUGUACCAGGCCAACGCCAUAAUGAGCCGAGCUUGAGCUCGAGGAAUGGGUACAGGCAUGGAAAGACGACACAGCAAGAUUUCGUUCAGCAUUCCGGCUAUCAAGAUGCUGGAAGUAAAAGGUGGCAAGACCGGAGAAGAUAGCAGCGAUCGGAUUGGUUUCUAAGUGAGAGACGCAGGACGGGGUGAAGUGCAAUCUGUACGGAUGUAGAAUUAGAGCAAUUUUGUUGCUGAAAUAUUUAGGCGUGUGGUGGGGAUGAUAAAUGGACAUUAUUGCGAUUGAAUUUCUCAAUUCUUUCUAACAAAAUGGUUUAUUGUGAAUGAAGGGAUGCUUCUAUCAAGCUCCAGAAAUUAUCCGA